CCCUUACUUCACGGAUUCUUCUUCUUUCGCGUGACAAGAAAGGAAAGGACUUCUCUUUCCCCUGUGUUCGAAUUCCUUCCGUGCAUACGAACUAUACUGGGACCGAACGAGUUGAGAGAGAGCCAUCGUCACCUCUCCGAUCAAAAAUGGAGUCUUUCAGAUAUAAUUCUACUAAAUCUGAAACCCUUUAUUGACAUUGUUUUGUACUGAAGAUAGAACUCUAGGUUUUGCGCAGUGGUGGUGGAGAGAGAGAGUGAUGUCUCAGCUGAGAAUAAAGGCAGUGGUGGAGAAGUUCGUGCAGGAGUUGAAGGAAGCGCUCGACGCCGACAUACAGGACAGGAUGAUGAAGGAGAGAGAGAUGCAGAGUUACAUCGAGGAGCGCGAACGCGAAGUCGCCGAGCGUGAAGCCGCCUGGAAAGCCGACCUCUCUCGUCGCGAGGCAGAGAUUGCCCGGCAAGAAGCAAGGCUGAAGAUGGAAAGAGAGAAUCUUGAGAAAGAAAAAAGUGUGUUAAUGGGAACUGCAUCCAAUCAAGAUAACCAAGAUGGAGCGCUUGAAAUCACUGUAAGUGGCGAAAAGUACCGAUGCCUCAGGUUUGCAAAGGCAAAGAAAUGAGGUUCUAUUGAUAUGGAUUUAGCAAAGUGAACAUGGUUUUGAAUACUGGUCCUUCUGAACCAUGCGGUGGCUACUUUCUGAUUAAAUCUUCAUUCACAUUAAGUGCAUUGGUUAUGUACAUAAAGGCGUACAAUGCCUUAAAAUAUGAACUGAUGAUGCCCAUGCUUGCAAUCCAAUUUCACACAGAAGGACGAGCAUUGUUCGAUGGAAAAAAUUAGUAUUAGCUAUUAUUCUUUUCAUUGCAAUAUCAUAGCAAAAACUGAAGGGUCCUUGAUUGAAUGGAAUGCAACUCUAUGGAUUCUUAUACUCUUCUUUGCGUAAUAAUUUCAUUGAUCUGCAUGCGAGAAACCUAGUGUGCUUCCAUUGUGUUGGAAAGAGAGGAGUCACAAUGUCUCCCAGUUAUAGGAUUGAAGAUCAACCAAUCGAGUCUUAGUCUAGACAGAUUUGUCUAGCAGUGGAAGGUCGAGCUUGAGUUUGACUUUGGGCUGUUGCAAGCAAAUUCGAAUGCAUAAUUUCAGUUUUUGUUAUGUUUUAUUUAAUUCCAUUGUCUCUCGAUACAUGCGUUGUCUCUGUGUGCGAAUAAAUGCAGUAGUUGUCAACAUUACAAAAUGAAAAAGCUACUACAAGAUUUGUUGAUUA